GCGGAAGAGAACGGUUGGCAUCGAAUAGAAUGGUACCUUCCUAUAAUCCGAAAACUGCAGUUACCACCUCUUCCGCGUGGUGUAACAGUUGAUCGAGUGUUCACAGACUUCUUUCGUUAUAUUAAAGCACAAGUCAGAGCUUCGAUCAUCACCGGUCUCGCUGGUGGUGACCAAAAAUGCUCAGCCCCGGUAUGUAUGUGGUUUUAACCACCCCAAACGGAUGGGAAGGGCGGCAGCAAAAUAGCAUGCGGCUGGCGGCUAUCGCAGCUGGGCUUGUUAGCGUCGAUGGAGGUCGAAGGGUGAGCUUUGUAACGGAGUCGGAGGCAGCCGUGCUGUAUGCAGCUAGUACUGGAAAUAUCGAUGAAUGGCUGCAGGUAGACACAGACAUUAUCGUUUGUGACUGUGGAGGUGGGACGAUAGAUAUCAGCGGGUAUACCAUCAUGGAAACCAAACCCCUUAGACUUAAGGAGUCAAUUGCGUCUAGUUUAGGCUACUUGAAUGGGGGGAUGUUUGUCGGCAAGGCUUUGGAACAAUUCUUACAACGUUUUUUCUUUCGAUAUGUACUAUGGCUUUUAUUAUACUGACUCAACCGUCAUUAGGUCGCUUGAAAGAUACUCCAUGGAGUGCUCAUGACGGUAUUUCAGAAAGUGUUCAACGCUUUGAAAAACAAGCCAAGAAAACUUUCGAUAAUAUUGAUGAACACAUUUGGCUUCCACUACCCAUAGCAGGCGACAAUGGGUUGCCCAUUGAUAUA